CGAGCAGUCAACGGCCGCAGUUCCCUCUUCCUUUCCUCUUCUUUGAAUUUAUAUAAAGCAAAAAAAGAAGGGUAGAGUAAGCAAAUGCGAGUGUGCGCCGCGGAGCAGUUACCGAUGGAAGCGGAAGAGCUCGUUAACGGCGACGGCGACGGCGACGACCUUGAGACUGCUCUUCUCUCCGUCGAUUCGCAGCUGGAGGAACACCACCACCCCCGCAGCAUUCGCCGCUUCGCCUCUAACACCACCUCGCAGCUCGCCAUUAUCGGCUCCAACCUCUGUCCCAUCGAAAGCCUCGACUACGAGUUGAUCGAGAAUGACUUCCUGAAGCAGGACUGGCGCAGCAGGGGGGCGGCGCGCAUCGUGCAGUACGUCAUCCUAAAGUGGACUCUCUGCUUCCUCGUCGGUGCUCUCUCCGGCGCCGUCGGUUUUUUCAACAACCUCGCCAUCGAGAACAUCGCCGGCGUCAAGUUCGUGGUCACCUCCAAUAUGAUGCUCGACCGCAAGUAUUGGCGGGCUUUCGGUGUGUUUGUGGGGUCAAAUUUUCUCCUCGUCAUCUUUGCUUCGGCCAUCACAGCCUUCAUCUCGCCAGCGGCAGCCGGAUCUGGGAUUCCGGAAGUGAAGGCCUAUCUGAAUGGCGUUGAUGCUCCUCAGAUUUUCUCAUUGAAGACGCUAUGUGUCAAGGUAGCAGGUAGCAUUGCUGCGGUCUCCUCAUCUCUCUAUGUGGGCAAGGCUGGUCCCAUGGUGCACACGAGUGCUUGCAUUGCAUCCAUACUUGGACAGGGCGGGUCUCGGAAGUACAAGUUGACUUGCACAUGGUUGAGGUACUUUAAGAACGACAGAGACCGACGGGAUCUUGUCACCUGCGGAGCUGGUGCUGGUAUGGCUGCUGCUUUUCGCGCACCAGUUGGUGGUGUUUUGUUCGCGCUGGAAUGUGUAUCAUCAUGGUGGCGAAGUGCACUGCUAUGGAGAGCCUUCUUCACUACAGCAGUCGUUGCGGUUGUGCUCAGGGUGCUAAUCAAUAUUUGUAGAAGCGGAAAAUGUGGGUUAUUUGGGAAGGGUGGCCUUAUCAUGUUUGAUGUCACUUCAGAGGAUGUCCCUUAUCACCUAGUCGACUUAACUCUGGUCGUCAUUCUAGGAGUAAUAGGAGGAAUCUUCGGAAGCCUGUACAAUUUCCUCCUCGACAAGGUUCUUAGAUUCUACACUCUUAUUCAUCAGAAAGGCCAUGUCUACAAAUUUCUUCUAGCUGCUUCAGUUUCCAUAUUCACCUCAUGCUGCCUAUUUGGAUUACCUUGGCUCGCAUCUUGUAAGCCUUGCCCGGCUGGAUUAGCAGAAGCUUGUCCAUCAAUAGGCAGGUCUGGAAAUUUCAAGAAGUUUCAGUGUGCUCCCGGCCAUUACAAUGAUUUAGCUAGUUUAUUUUUCAACACAAACGAUGAUGCGAUAAGAAACCUCUACAGUCUCAACACCGACACUGUGUUCCAGAAAUCUUCGGUCUUUCUAUUCCUCGUGACAACUUAUUUUCUUAGCAUCAUCAGCUAUGGCUUGGCACUUCCCUCCGGGCUUUUCGUGCCUGUUAUUUUGUCCGGUGCAACUUUAGGACGUCUUACCGGUAUGCUCAUGGGCUCACAUGCAACUCUUAACAAUGGUCUCUUUGCGGUCAUUGGCUCAGCUUCCCUUCUUAGUGGUACAAUGAGAAUGACUGUUUCGGUCUGUGUAAUUAUGCUAGAACUAACCAACAAUCUCCUACUUCUUCCUCUGCUCAUGCUGGUUUCACUGAUAUCGAAGACCGUAGCUGAUGCUUUCACUGCCAACAUCUACGACCUGAUCGUGAAGUUGAAGGGUCUGCCUUACCUUGAAUCACAUGCCGAGCCAUAUAUGAGGCAGCUCACGGUCGGUGAUGUGGUUGGAGGCCCUUUGCAAGUAUUCAACAGUGUCGAAAAAGUCGGCAACAUAGUUCAUGUGCUCAAGGCCACUGGUCAUCAUGGCUUCCCUGUGGUAGAUGAGCCUCCCAUUUCUGAUUCACCUGUACUUCUCGGCCUCAUUCUCCGUUCGCAUUUACUCGUUCUGUUGAAGAAGAAGCAGUUUGUUCAUACUCGAGCAAUUUCGAGUAUUGACACUACAAAAGAGUUCUCAGCUGAUGAUUUCGCUAAGCGUGGUUCUGGUAAAAAUGAGCUCAUCGAUGCCAUUGAGCUGACUGCUGAAGAGAUGAAUAUGUAUGUUGAUUUGCAUCAGUUCACGAAUACUUCACCUUAUACUGUUGUCGAGACGAUGUCGUUGGCGAAAGCUCUCAUACUUGUCCGCGAAGUCGGCCUGAGGCAUCUCUUGGUUAUUCCGAAGUCCACUUCGGUACGAAAUGCGUCUCACUUAAACUCUCUUUGCCUCUGCCUAUUUCUAUGGGAUGCCUAUCGUUGGCAUAUUGACAAGGCAUGAUUUUAUGCCGGAGCAUAUACUUGGGCUGCAUCCUUGUAUACUAAAGAACAAAUGGAAAAAACUACGGUUUGGGAGAUUAAGCAUGGUGAAAUUUUUUAAUGAUCUUCGUGAUUGGUUCAAGAAAUGACAGCUAAAAUCCUCCCGUGGAAGUGAACUAUCGGUGUGUUUUGAUCCAGAAUACUAAGCCUCUGUUUGGAUGGAGUGGAGCAAGGUUCAUUAAUGUAAGGGGAAGGGAGGGAAAGGAAAGGGAAGGAAGGAGAAAGUAAUAUAUCUAUCUUAUCCUUGUUUGGAAGGGAGGGAAAGUUCAUUUGAGAGUAAAGGGAUGGAAAUGAUGAUUAAAUAUAUAAAUUUACAAAAAUAUCUUCUUAUUUUUUUAAUAAAUCUGCAUGUGAAAAAAUAAAAAAGGAUAAAAUUAAAAUAA